GGCGCUUUUUUUUUCUUUGCAGCUUUCGUUUCUUUUCUUUUACAAGCGCGCCUUCCCAAACUGAUCACCCUGCCCUUCUCACCGGGCACCUCAAUGCCUGCCUCGCACCGAGCCCGGGGGGACUCGCCGGUUGCGGGGCCACCGCGCACGCACCUCCCGUCCCCUCUCUCCCACGGCGGGGGGAUCGGCCCCACGUCGCGCGCGGGGUCCAGAGCCGGCGUCAGCGGCGGCGGCUGCGCGUUCGCUCGCGCCUGCGCAGAAGCGCCCGGGGACGGGCGGGGGGUGAAGAAGGGGCCGGCCUUCGAGCGACAGCGACGCAAGAUGGCAGCCACCACGGGCUCGGGAGUAAAAGUCCCUCGCAAUUUUCGACUGUUGGAAGAACUCGAAGAAGGCCAGAAAGGAGUAGGAGAUGGCACAGUUAGCUGGGGUCUAGAAGAUGACGAAGACAUGACACUUACAAGAUGGACAGGGAUGAUAAUUGGGCCUCCAAGAACAAUUUAUGAAAACCGAAUAUACAGCCUUAAAAUAGAAUGUGGACCUAAAUACCCAGAAGCACCCCCCUUUGUAAGAUUUGUAACAAAAAUUAAUAUGAAUGGAGUUAAUAGUUCUAAUGGAGUGGUGGACCCACGAGCCAUCUCAGUGCUAGCAAAAUGGCAGAAUUCAUAUAGUAUCAAGGUUGUCCUGCAGGAGCUUCGGCGCCUAAUGAUGUCUAAAGAAAACAUGAAACUCCCUCAGCCGCCUGAAGGACAGUGUUACAGCAACUAAUCAACAAGAAAGCCACAGGCCCGCCCCCCCCCCACUCGAUUUAAGCAGUCUUCAUUUUCCACAGUAGUACAUUUUCUAGAUACGUCUUGUAGACCUCAAAGUACUGGAAAGGAAGCUCCCGCUCAAAGGCAGUUUAUCAUAAGAUACUGUAAAUGAUACUAAUUUUUUGUCCAUUUGAAAUAUAUAAGUUGUGCUAUAACAAAUCAUCCUGUCAAGUGUAACCACUGUCCACAUAGUUGAACUUCUGGGAUCAAGAAAGUAUAUUUAAAUUGAUUCCCAUCAUAACUGGUGGGGCACAUCUAACUCAACUGUGAAAAGACACGUCACACAAUCACCUUGCUGCUGAUUACAUGGCCUGGGGGCUCUGCCUUCUCCCUCUCCUCCCCCUCCCCCUCCCUCCCUGCAACAGCCCUCCAGCUUGGGGUGGCUGGUUAGAGUAGAUGUGAAGGUUUCAGGUCACAGCCUGUGGGACUACUGCUGGGUGUGUGUGGGUGCUCCGUUUGCACCCCUGGUUUCUUUUUAAGUCUUAAAUGAUGCCCCUUCCCCUUCUGAGCCACCAUCCUUUUCCCACUCCACUACCACCCUUGGCCGAAGCAUAGAUUGUAACCCCCUCUGCUCCCCUCCGAAAUUGGCCUUUGGUGAGGAAUUCAGGGCUUUCCCCAUAACUUCCCCCACCACCUUUAUAUCGAGGGGUGCUGCUUCCUCCUUCCUCCUCUUCAGGUCCCUUUCUUGCACCAUCACCACCCAACACUUUCCAUGACACUCCCUUGCUUUGGCCAGAAGCCAUCAGGUAAGGUUGGAAAGAGUCUCUGACCUCCCUCGUUUAGUUUGGAACCACAUUCAUUUAUUCUCCAGCAGCCCAGGAAAUGAAAAUUGGGUCCGCAGCCCUGCCGCUCUGCUGUCAUCAUCAGCUGAUAGGUUUGUUUGUUAAGCUCAGGAAGGCCACAGAAGACACUUGUAAGCACAUGAUCCCUUUGAAUGAAUUUUGUUGUUGUUCCUGUCAUUGCUUUUGCUUUUACAAAUUGAAGUUUUAAACAGAGCUCUCAUUUGGUCAUCUUUGCAAUCCAUUUGGGUCUAGUUUGGAAUCUGACAACUGGAACAAAAAGAACCUUGAAUUCGGUGCAUACUUUGGUUUUGGUGCUGCAGCUUCUCAUGGUCCUCAGCAGGGAUUAAGAAAGAACUCGAUGUGCACGGCAGAACCCCAAAAUUGGCGGGCUUGACUUCCUGGCAAAUGGCUGCGUUUUUCCACUUUUCUGUUCAGGACCACUAAUUGCUGAGAUGUGGAUGCAUACCGAAAUAAAGUGAUUCAUUGUGUUAUAAAGGA